ACCAACGAGAAGCACAAUCGGUGCAGAAAGUGAGUGAAGUGAAAGGAUAACAGAUAAAUUGCAUAAGGAUUAUCGAAGAGAAACAACAGUGAUAAUUACCCAAUUGGAUUAUUUAUAUUGACAUAAAAAAGAUCUUCACAAUGAGAAUAAGAGCUAGCCUUCUGGCAGUUGUACUGCUGGCCACCGCCUCCUUGGCCGAGGAAUCCAGCUGGGGCAAUGAGUGGGCGCCCAUGGAGGACUCUAUGCCCAGUCGCCGAUCUGUGGACACAAAGCCCGCCGACCAAGCCGACAUCCAGGGACGUUACCUGGUCCACGAGUCCACCCAGAGCAACAGCACCACCCAGAUCGACGAGGUUAUUGAGCAGCUGAUCAACUCCCGUCGGGAGGGUCGCAAUCUUGGGGAAUACGAUGCCGUUUAUGCCGAUGGAAACAUCGAUCAGGCUUUGCAGCAGGGAAACGAUCUGCAGGCACGCAAUCUCAUCCGCGAUAAGCUCUGUGGUUUGGGACUGAUGAGCUGCGAUGUGGAGGAGAAGCGUCCCUUCUACUCGACGAUUUACGCCCAGGGUCCUCCUCCACCAUCCGGUUUCAGUGGUGGUCCUUAUGGUCCCGCCAAGCCCAUGCCUCCACCCAGCUACUUCAGUGGUCGUCCACCAAUGGGUGGUCCUCCCGGAUCCUUCGGACCUCCACCAAGCUCCCUCAACUCCUUUGGACCUCCGCCCAGCUCUGUGAACUCCUUCGGACCUCCCAGGAAGGUUGGCUACGAGGGACCCUACAAGCCAAUGUCCGGACCUUACAGGCCAAGUGGACCCGGAGGCUACCUGGACCAUCCUCCUCCAUCUGCCAUUGAUGGAUCCUCAGAUGGCAUUACCUACACGAAGCCACCACCCGGAGCUCUGAUCUACGACAGCAAGCCACCUGGUCCCGUCUACACCGGAAAUCCCGGACCCGUUUUCACUGGUGCCUCCAAUGGAGUUCCCCCUUACAACUUUGAGAAUCCCGAGGGUGGUAUCCAGGGUGCCAGCUCUGCUCCCAAUGGCUUCUACUCCCAGCAGUCUUCCGCUUCCUCCUCUUCGGCUACUUCCUCCAGCACCAAAGUGGUAGUGGGAGCUCCCCUCGAUGCCCUCCAGCAGCAUGUGCACCAUCAUUACCACCAUGUCGAUGGAGCUGAGGGCGCCAAGAUUCCCAGUGUGCCGAUUCCCAUCGGAGCUGGCCAGACCAUCAACACGGACUUCAGUGCCCUGGCCCAAUCCUCGGCCACCUACACUCCCUCGAUUCAGACCUCUUCCGGAUCCGGUUACUCCCAGUCGAAUGCCUUCAAUGCUGGAUUCAAUGGCGCCUCCCAGGGUGGCCUCCUCUCACAGAACGGCUUCGGUCUCUCCCAGAAACCCACUGGUGAUCUGUAUAAGCCCAACUCCGGAGAUCUGUACAAACCAAACUCUGGCUUGGGAAGCUUUGGCGGCAGCAGCUCUGGUGGAUUCAGCGGAUCGCCCAGCUCCAGCUAUCACAGCCAGAACCCCGACUACUACAAGAAGGAACUGCAGGGAGGAGCCUCCAACCAGUACAAUGGAAUCUCGGGCGGUUACCAGGGACAGGGAGGUUACCAGGGAGGCUACGACACUUCGCGCCAGCAGAUCGUCGACUGCCAGUGCGUGCCCAUCAACCAGUGCCCCGCAGCCGAUCGCAUCGGACGCAAGGAAGACCUUAUCCUGCCCAUUGAUCCCCGCAACCUGGGCAAGGACAUCGAGGCUCUGAGUGAGGAUGCUCCCGCCGCCAAUGCCACCACUCCCGCUGAGGGAAAGAAGGCCGAGGAAAAGUCUGACAAGGAUGACAAGAAACGCACCCGUCGCCAGGCUGAUGCCGACCAGAAGGACGAGGAAGCCAGCGAUCUGUCGCUCGAUGCUCAAGGGAGACAGUCGCCGCUUGGAGCAUCUCCAUUGGCGUUGCCCGCCCUUCAGGCCAUCGAGCUGAUCCAACGGAAAGUGCUGCCCACUUAUGGAGUUAGCUUUGGACUUCCCUAUCCUGCCGGUGCAGGAUACGGGGGAUACCCCUCAAAUGUCCUGGGAGAUCAUGUGCCCGGUCAGAAUCCUUAUUUUGGUUCCGUAGGACCAAAUGGCCUCAAUCUCGGCCUGGUGAAUGUGAAUCCCUUGGUAUCGCUGCAGGUGGCCAAAACGGAUUAUGGCGAGAAGGUGGUGAAGCCACUGGUCAAUCUCCAUGUCACCCCGAAUGCGAAUAUCAUCCAGAAAGUGGGAGAUUUCUUCAAGCGGAAACCCACGGAAACGUACAGCACCCACUAUCAUCACCAUGAUCAUUACAGUGGCUACGAGCACCACGAUUUCGAUCACCAUGAUCACCAUGGACACCACGACCACCACGACUCGUAUCCCCAUUACUAUGGAGGAUCCGGACCUGGUCCCCAUUUCAGUGUUGAAAUGAUUCCGAGCACUCCGAUCUUCGAGUUCCACAGUGGCCCAUCUGUACCCACUCAGUACCAUCAUCACCACGAAUCUUCUCCGUAUGAGAGCUCCUUCAACUCGAUAUAUCCUGGAUCUGGUCCCGAUUUCGGUGGCUUUGGCGAGUAUUCCCAACAUGUGGAGAGGAGUGCCAAUGUGAGCAGCGGUGAAUCCGUCUGGCCAUCGAACUCCAGUCGUCGAGGCAAGCAGUUAACCCUGGGACCGCUCUACAACAUUCCCACUCCAGCUCCUGGUCAGGCGGCUGGCAGUGAUCGGAUCACUUUCCCCCGGGAUCGCAGGCGCAGGAGCGUCGAGGAUGGUGUGUGGGCGGGAGCAGCUCCUGAGGAGCAGCGCGCUUACUAUGGCAACCGACCCGUGGAGAAGACCUGCCGCAUCAACGAGGUCUGCUGCCGUCGUCCCCUUCGUCCCCAGGCUCCUCCCCAGCAAUUCGGUCGUUGUGGAGUGAGGAAUGCCGCCGGAAUCACCGGUCGCAUCAAGAAUCCCGUGUACGUUGACGGAGACAGUGAGUUCGGCGAGUACCCCUGGCAUGUGGCCAUCCUGAAGAAGGACCCCAAGGAGUCGAUCUACGCCUGCGGUGGCACCCUCAUCGAUGCCCAGCACAUCAUCUCCGCUGCCCAUUGCAUUAAAUCUCAAAAUGGCUUCGAUCUUCGUGUGCGUCUGGGCGAAUGGGAUGUCAACCACGAUGUGGAGUUCUUCCCCUACAUUGAACGCGAUGUGGUCUCCGUGCACAUCCAUCCCGACUACUACGCUGGCACUUUGGACAACGAUCUGGCUGUGUUGAAACUGGAUCAGCCCGUGGACUUCACCAAGAAUCCGCACAUCAGCCCCGCCUGUCUGCCCGAUAAGUACUCUGACUUCACUGGCGCCCGUUGCUGGACCACCGGAUGGGGCAAGGAUGCCUUCGGCGAGCACGGAAAGUACCAGAACAUCCUGAAGGAGGUGGACGUGCCAAUCCUGUCCCACCAGCAGUGCGAGUCCCAGCUGAGGAACACCCGACUGGGAUACAGCUACAAACUGAAUCCAGGAUUCGUGUGCGCCGGUGGAGAGGAGGGCAAGGAUGCCUGCAAGGGUGAUGGUGGUGGUCCUUUGGUCUGCGACCGCAAUGGUGCCAUGCACGUGGUGGGAGUGGUGUCCUGGGGCAUUGGAUGCGGUCAGGUUAAUGUGCCCGGAGUCUACGUGAAGGUUUCUGCGUACUUGCCCUGGAUCCAGCAGAUCACCCACAACUAUCAAUGAUUAACGGAGCAGCACGAGGAUGAAAAGGAGGAGGUGACUGCCUAUCAUGCGAACACCGAUGGAUCCAUACUGGAGGACACCUCCUCCUCCGACGAGUUCGUUUUCCACUUCUGACCGAAGCCAUCAUCCAAAACAUUUGCCACUCUCGAACCGCUUCGAUUGUGGCAUUCGUCAUCGUAUUUAUCAGCGUCGUCACUCUAAUUUAUUACGAAUGUCUCUUCGAUUACCUGUUAUGUUUGUUGUUAUACAUAUUAUGCGCCCACAGUCGCCCCUUCACUUCACUUUAGUUCACUCCCCCACUUGGUGCCCCACUCAUUAGCGGCCCACAAUUGUUACUUAAUUGAAGACGCACAGCCGUCGCGUCACACUUGUUGAUAUUAAUUGUAACUUGUAUCUGUACAUCUGAGUUCCGAUUUUGUCUUGUAAAAUAGUGUUUGUCAUA